AUGGACAAGUUCGUGAGAGUGGACAAGAAGAAGGACGACACCCCGAUCUUGGACAACGAGGUCCGCGUCACGACGGUCGGCAGGCUGCACUCGUACAUAAAUUAUGCGGCGUCGCUCAUCAAGGACAAGGGCCACCGGUCUCUGAUUUUGAAGGGCAUGGGGAGGGCGAUCAACAAGACGGUCUCCCUCGCCGAGAUUUUGAAGAGGAGAGUCGAGGGGCUCCAUCAGAACACGGAGAUCGGGUCUGUGGACAUAACAGACACAUGGGAGCCCAAGGAGGAGGGGCUUAACACGCUGGAGCUCACACGCCAUGUUUCGGUCAUCACCAUCACCCUCUCCAUCGACGCCCUGGACAUUGAGGCUCCUGGGUACCAGCCACCUGUCGAUGAAGCUGAAGUGAAGCCCCUGCAGCUGGGGGAGCCAGAGAGGCGCACUGGUGGCCCCAAGAGGGGACGCGGUGGUGGGAGGGGGCGUGGGCGCGGUCGCGGCAGCGAUGGUGAUUCCGGCCGCGGCAGAGGCUCCUUCCGAGGGAGAGGCCGCGGGCGCGGGCGUGGCAGAGGCGUCACCUACGGCGUGGCCGGCGGUGAGGCGCACGCAGCAGAGGACACAGCCGCCACCUCCGGGGGCGACCAGGCCUGA